CCCUUGGCUGACAUAUCCUCGAACACCUCCCAGGCGUCCCAUCCCGCCGUCACCCAAAUGCCGCCGGCGAACCUCACCCCUACCAAAUGGCCCAAGACCCUCACGGCCGAACACCUCCACCGUCUCGUCCGCGCCGAGCGCGACCCGCGCCGCGCGCUCGCCCUUUUCGACGCGGCCACCGUCUCCACUUCCGCGCCGCCCGCCCCAAUCCUCCCGUCGCCGGACACCGUCUCCCUCCUCACCUCCCGCCUCGCCUCCGCCGGCCUCCUCCCCCUCGCCACCUCCCUCCUCUCCCGCUCGCGCGCGCUCUUCCCUUCCGCCGCCGACCUCGAGCCCCCAUUCCUCACCCUCCUCCGCGCUUUCGCACGCACCCACCGCCCACUCGCCGCCCUCCAGCUCUUCCGCUCCGCCCCCUCCGCCCUCUCCCUCCCCCACUCCGCCCGCUCCUACACCGCCGUCCUCGCCACCCUCGUCGCCCACUCCCAGCUCCCCCUCGCCCAAUCCCUCCUCGCCGACAUGCGCGCCGCCGGCUUCGCCCCCACCACCGCCACCUACAACGUCCUCCUCAAGGCCCACUGCUCCGACGCCGCCGCUCCCAUCGACGACGCCGUCCGCCUUUUCCGCAACAUCCCCAAACCCGACGCCUGCUCUUACAACACCCUCAUCGAUGGGCUCUGCCGCCGCAGCCGCCGCGCCGAGGCCCUCCAGCUGUUCUCCGAGAUGGUAGCAAACGACAUUGCGCCUACGGUGGUUACUUACACCACUGUUAUCAAUUGGCUCGCCCGGGAGGGUUGCUUGGACGAUGCACUGAAGAUGUUUGACGAAAUGGCGAAGAGAGGUAUCGCACCGAAUAUUAUCACCUAUAGUUCUCUGAUUGACGGGUUGUGCAAGGGUGGGCGUGCAGCAUCGACAUUGAAGUUGCUGGAUAGGAUGGUCAAGGAGAAGAAGCUGCCAAAUACAAUCACAUAUAGCUCUGUGAUUAAUGGUCUCUGCAAGGAAGGCCGGCUGAGGGAAGCGAUGGAGAUUUUGGACCGGAUGCGUCUCCAGGGGAGGAAGCCUGAUGCUGGAUUGUUCGGGAAGCUAAUUGUUGGGCUGUGUGAUGGAGGAAGGCCUGUGGAGGCUGCAAAUUACCUGGACGAGAUGGUUCUUGCUGGCGUUCAACCCAACCGGGUGACCUGGAGCUUGCAUGUCAGGAUAAACGAUGCAGUGGUGACAGCAUUAUGUGCUAAGGGUGAAGCUGAGAGGGCUUUCCGGGUUUACCAGAGCAUGAGGACGCGUGGCAUUUCUACUGAGCCAGGCACUUUUCAUCUCCUGGUCGAGUUCUUCUCCAAAAAGAACAAUUUGGAGAAAGCAGCUCAUGUUGUGCUAGACAUGCUGUCAGAGAGGUGCAUCCCUGAGAGAGAAACAUGGGAUGUUAUUAUCAGUGGGUAUUGGAGUAAGAAGAAGGUGAGACAAGAAGCUGAGAAAAUGUGGAAGCAGUUAGCAGUCACCUGA